UGUACUGUUAACUUGUACACAAGUUUGAUGAAAAUUAUUGCUUCAAGAUUUCUCACAUGAAAUUUAUGUCUUUACUACUUUUUCUUCACAUGAUUUCUGUUGAUGGAAAACCAACUAGUUUUUCUUUUGGUGGCUUACAAUUCAUCACGAGUCAUUUUAGGGUGAUUAUUUUGUGAAAGUCAAAUAUUUUUAUCUUUCCUCUGUUUCUACAGAAGAUGAUCGAUAACCUUUAACCGAAGCCUACAGGAGACUGUUUUGUUUAGUCAGAUUUAUGGCUUAUGGUAAUUCGAGAUCUGUAAGAUUCCAAGAUGAUCUUGAAGCAACAAAGUGUGCACCAGCUCAUGAAGAUAGUGUGAUCACGGUGAAGCAUAAGCUCGAUGGAGUACGACAAUCAGAGCCAGCCAGUAGAAAGAGUGAUAAGAAGUAUGACGGGGGUAGAAAAUCCCUGAAAUCUAAAGUACUAUCACGAGUUUUUUCAGAAGACUAUGAAAGAGUGAACAAAAAGAUAUUGGAUCCUCGAGGACAUGUAAUUCGUAAAUGGAACAAGAUUUUCUUAGUAUCUUGUUUAGUUUCAUUGUUCGUAGACCCACUAUUGUUUUACUUGCCAGUCGUUAACCAAGAUAUCUGCUUAGAUAUAGGAGUUACUCUGGAAAUUAUCCUCACAGUUAUUAGAUCAAUAGCUGAUACCUUUUACGUGAUUCAGAUUUUUGUUCGAUUUAGAACUGCUUAUGUUGCUCCAUCUUCUCGUGUAUUUGGGAGAGGAGAGCUUGUUAUAGAUACUUCGAAGAUAGAACAAAGAUAUAUUAGAAAAGGUCUCUUGAUUGAUGUCAUUGCGGCCCUGCCUUUACCUCAGGUGUUGAUUUGGGCUGUUAUCCCUAAUUUAAGGGGCUCAACAAUGGCAAACACGAAGAAUGUCCUAAGAUUCAUUAUCAUUUUUCAGUAUCUCCCUAAACUUUAUCUCAUAUUUCCAUUGUCGUCGCAAAUUGUCAAGGCUACUGGUGUUGUGACUGAAACAGCAUGGGCAGGAGCUGCUUACAACUUGAUGCUCUACAUGUUAGCAAGCCAUGUACUGGGAGCUUGUUGGUAUCUUCUAUCAAUUGAGAGGCAAGAAGCUUGUUGGAUGUACGUGUGCAAUCUUGAGAAGCCAUCUUGUGAUUAUGGAUAUUUUGACUGCCAGAGUAUAAAUGAUCCACAAAGGAAGUCCUGGUUCAAUUCCAGCAACAUUACAAGACAAUGUGACCCAAAUAAAAGUGAUUACCCAUUUGGUAUUUAUGGUGACACGGUGACAGUUAGCGUGACAUCUGCUUUGUUUUUCAACAAGUACUUCUACUGCCUCUGGUGGGGCUUGAAGAACCUAAGUGCUCUAGGACAAGAUCUUUCUACAAGCACUCAUAUUGGAGAAAUAAGUUUUGCCAUCAUAGUUGCAACGCUCGGCCUGGUUCUUUUUGCCUUGCUCAUCGGCAAUAUGCAAACAUACCUCCAAUCGACAACAGUCAGAUUAGAGGAGUGGAGAAUCAGGAGAAUGGAUACAGAACAAUGGAUGCACCACAGGCAGUUACCUCAAGAAUUAAGGCAGUCAGUAAGGAAAUAUGAUCAAUACAAAUGGAUUGCUACAAGAGGAGUUGAUGAGGAAGCUCUUAUCAAAGGACUUCCUCUAGAUCUUCGCAGAGAUAUCAAACGCCACCUCUGCUACGAUUUAGUUCGAAGAGUACCACUGUUUGAUCAAAUGGAUGAAAGAAUGCUAGACGCAAUAUGUGAGAGGCUAAAGCCUGCAUUGUGCACUCAAGGCACUUGUCUUGUGCGCGAGGGUGAUCCUGUCAAUGAAAUGCUCUUCAUAAUUCGAGGGAAUCUUGAUUCUUACACCACGAAUGGUGGCCGCACUGGUUUCUUCAAUUCUUGCCGUAUAGGUCCAGGUGAUUUCUGUGGGGAGGAGCUGCUGACAUGGGCUCUCAAUCGACGUCCAAGUGUGAUUCUACCAUCCUCCACUCGAACAGUGAAAGCAGUUUCUGAAGUAGAGUCAUUCGCACUUGUUGCAGAGGACUUGAAGUUUGUGGCAGCACAGUUUCGGAGGCUGCAUAGCAAACAACUGAGGCACAAAUUCAGGUUCUAUUCGCACCAGUGGCGUACUUGGGCUGCAUGCUUCAUUCAGGCUGCAUACCGGAGAUAUAAAAAACGAAAGGGUGUAGCUGAACUUGAGGCUCUAGAGAAUUUGGUGAAUGCAACAGAGUCGUUUAGUGGGCAAUUGGAUAUGAAUGCACCAUCACCUAGAUCAGGUUUUGCAGAAUAUGCAACAAGAUGGGCAGCAAGUAGAAGGGGUCUUCACAAGCACUCUGAUUCAGAUUCCUCUGCAGUUAGUUCAUUACAAAAGCCAGAAGAACCUGAUUUCUCUGUUGAUGAUGAGUAACUUUGAAAAGUGAUCCAGUUGUAAUUUGUAAGAUAAGGUGGAUAUGUACAUCGGUUUGCAUAUUCUUUACUAAAAUUUUGAUAUAUAGGAAACGCAUAAUAUACAAACAUGUCCUUUAACUUGCUCUCAACUGACAUUUAUGCCCUCCAACUUUGGGUGUGAAUAAGUAACUUUUAAACUUGUAUAAAGUUGAACAAAUAGACACAUGUGUUCUAUGUGACAUAAUACACGUGGGACACAUGUGUCUACUUGUUCAACUUUAUACAAGUUUAAGUGUCUACUUGUGUAUACCCAAAGUUGGAGGGCAAAAAUGACAAUUGAAGUCAAGUUAAAUGGCACGUUUAUGUAUUAUGCCUAUAAGAAACCUUACUGCAGCUUAUUUACCAUUAACAUAAAGAUUGUGAAGUUCAAAGAAUAGAACAAUGGCCUGAAACUUAGAAGCCUCUAACAUGGAAUCUGGUACAAUUUACACUAAAAACAUAUCAAUUUGUUUAAAUAGGAGUCAUCAAAUCAAUUUUCAAAGCAUGUUUUCUUUGUCAUGGUAUAACCAUCAACACAAAAUAUUGAGAAAAAAGAGUAUCUUGAAAUGGAAGAGUCUCGUGUUGGUGUUGAGGAUUAUGUAACUAAUUAAUGGUUCACAUAAUUAGUUAGUUAGUUAGUUAGAAUGGAAUCUUUGGUAGUUAGUGAAUGACAGGCUGACAAUUCAUGCCUAAGAAAUAUUGUGUAUAUAUGUAUAGCUAAGAUGUAAAUCACACAUUAUGAAUGAAGAAGCAGUUUCAUUCUCUCUGAUUUUUUUCUCUUCAGUUCUACUCAUUACUCCAUCAAUGGAGCUCCUUCACAUGGUAUCAGAGCACAGUGGAGUCUCCUGUGUGUAAAGUUCAUUAACUGAUACAGUGAAGUCCUCCUUUCUCAGCUCUUCAAUUUGCUGAUCGAGUAACUUUUUGUUGUUUGAUUUUGGAUCUCUAUUUCGAGGUCUGGAGGUUUAGUAUAAUAAAUCAUGGUGCUUAUUGAUGAAGUUGAUGGAUCUACUGGAGCUCAACUACAAGGAACGUCUUCGACUCAGAUUGGGCUUGUUGAUCAUAAUCACCCCCUCUUCAUUC